AUGGCUUCUGCUGUUGUCGCUGCCACAGUGCCAUCAGUCCCUUUGAGAAUGGUUCCAGAUGGCACAAAGAACUCAUCGCCUGAGCAAGAUCAACAGCCUGACAACUUCACUGCAGGUCCAUUGUUCGAAGGGAAUUCAGAUGUUGCCGAUGCAAUGAGCAUCAGUAGAGAUUCAGAUGCACAUCAACAUAUGUAUUAUUUUGACUUUCAUGUCUUCUGGAAAGUCCCAAAUUCUGAUCCUCAUGACACGAUUUUGCAGGACCAUUUGCAUGUAUAUCAUAUGGGUCAGUGGAAACAUCUCUUUGGCGAGCUCAAACAACACAUUGCAGCCCUUGGAUGCAGCGCUGAGAAGAAACUAGAUGAUCAGUUCAAUACCUUCCUCAAUGGUAACAAACUUUGGUAUAUCUCCAGGCAAGUUUUGUAUGCCACACAGAACAUACUCACAUGCACAGCGGACGAAGCUGGCUAUGCACUACUGUGGUGUAUAGCGAGCUACCUACAUAUCAACAUGUAUAUUUCACUUGACAUGCAGACUGAAAGCAUGAUUGCUGCAGGAAGGGCAGAGGUGUUAGAGUUUCAGAAGCGCUUAGAGGACUACAUCAAAAUCAUCGAGGAGACUGAUCUGGACAUGAUCAAGAACUGGAACUUUCCAAAGAUUCACUCUGGACAGCAUAUAUUCAAUGACAUCAUGGUGAAAGGUGCCGCUCGGAACUUCAGCACUCGACCAAAUGAGAAGCAACAUGGACCUAUCAAACGGUGGUAUCUAUGGCAGACCAAUCAUAAGGAUAUUGCUGAUCAGGAAGAACUGGAGGACACAGACUUGGAUGAUGAGAAAUUUGAAGAACAUUUUCAUAUUGGUUCACCCCUCAAGAAUCAAACAACCCUUUUGCAAGUGGAGGAAGAAAACAAGUCCAUUUGUGCCUUUCACCAGUUCCGGAAGAAACUUGCAACAUUUCUCAACCAUUUCCUUCCCUCUCACAACAUACCACUGCCGGAAGGAACAAUGUGGUUGAAACUUUCAGCACAAGACCAGGCUGCAAAUGGUGCUGUCAGCAUAGAUGUCUUCGCGUUCUAUGGUCUUGAUUUUACUCUCAACGCUCUUUAA